AUGGUCAGUAAGGUUGGGAUCGGUAAGGGUAUGUUGUUGGCCUUUCCCGGGCUCAGCCGCCGCCCCGGAUUGGACAGCCGCCUUGCGGACGAUACCCAGCAGUCCACAGACGAACGCAACUAUCGCCGGGAGGGGCGUUGUCGGUACCCCCUAGAAGCCAUGUGGCGGUCCAGGGAUACAUAUCCAGGCUGGGCAGUUCCGGUCCCACGGAUUGCUAUGGCCGGAGGCAACCUUUGCACUUGUGAAAAUUACGUCAUGGUCAGGAAAAAAAAAAACAACCCUCGCAGAACAGCCAUCCCAGCCUAUAUCGUCGACUCGCCAGAGCAGCAGCUACUCUGUUUCGAAAAAAAAUCCGAGAAAAUGGACACUGCAGGAGCGAAAGUGCUUGAGACCGCGGAGGACAUCCAGGAACGUCGGCAGCAGGUCCUGGACCGCUAUCGACGUUUCAAGGAUUUGUCGAUUAUGCGUCGGCAGAAGUUGGAGGAUUCCUACCGCUUUCAGUUCUUCCGUCGCGAUGCCGACGAGUUGGAGAAAUGGAUUCAGGAAAAGCUGCAGAUCGCCUCUGACGAGAACUACAAAGACCCCUCCAACCUUCAGGGUAAACUGCAGAAACAUCUGGCCUUUGAAGCAGAAGUUCAGGCUAAUGCCAAGGCCAUUAUCAAACUGGAUGACACUGGAAACCAGAUGAUUACUGAAGGCCACUUCGCCUCAGAGACAGUUCGUAAUCGUCUCGAGGAGCUGCACCGCCUGUGGGACCUGUUGCUGCAGAAGACCAAGGAGAAGGGCAUGCGUCUGAUGCAGGCCCAGAAACUCGUCCAGUACCUGCGAGAGUGUGAAGAUGCCAUGGACUGGAUCAGUGACAAGGAGGCCAUGGCCACCUCUGAGGAGCUGGGCCAGGACUUGGAGCAUGUGGAACUUCUGCAGAAGAAAUUUGAGGAGUUCCAGACAGAUUUGGCAGCCCACGAGGAGCGUGUGAAUGAAGUGAACCAGUUGGCGUCCAAGCUUAUCCAGGAAGCACAUCCUGAGGCUGAGCUCAUAACUCGCAAGCAGGAAGAGGUCAACGCUGCCUGGGAGCGUCUUAAAGGUCUUGCCCAACAAAGGCAGACCAAGCUGUUUGGAGCUGCCGAAGUCCAGCGUUUUAACAGGGAUGUCGAUGAGACCAUCAGUUGGAUCAAGGAGAAGGAGCAGUUGAUGGCAUCUGACGACUUUGGCCGUGACCUGGCCAGCGUGCAGGCUCUGCUACGUAAACACGAGGGUCUGGAGAGAGACCUGGCUGCUCUGGAGGACAAGGUUAAUACACUCGGUGGUGAUGCAGAGCACCUGAAGCAGACGCACCCCCAAAAUGCCACCCAGAUUCAUCUGAAGAAGGAUGAGCUCGUCACCAAUUGGGAGCAGAUCCGAACUCUGGCUGCCGAACGCCGCGCUCGCCUGAUCGACUCAUACCAGCUACAACGUUUUACGGCUGACUUCAGGGAUCUUACAAGCUGGGUCACAGAGAUGAAGGCUCUGAUCAAUGCUGAUGAGCUGGCUAAUGAUGUCGCUGGAGCCGAGGCUCUCUUGGACCGCCACCAGGAGCAUAAAGGUGAAAUUGAUGCCCACGAAGACAGUUUUAGAGCCACCGAUGAAGCUGGCAAAGCCUUGCUCAGCACCGGACACUAUGCUUCUGAGGAGGUCAAGGAAAAGCUGGGGAGCCUUGCUGAAGAAAAGGAGUCCCUGCUUGAUUUGUGGGAGGUGCGCAGGCAACAGUAUGAGCAGUGCAUGGACUUGCAGCUUUUCUACAGGGAUACUGAGCAAGUUGAUAACUGGAUGAGCAAGCAAGAGGCUUUCUUGCUAAACGAAGACCUCGGCGACUCCCUGGACAGCGUAGAGGCGUUGCUGAAAAAACACGAAGACUUUGAAAAGUCCCUAAGUGCACAAGAGGAGAAGAUUACUGCUCUGGAUGAAUUUGCUACCAAACUUAUUCAGAACAACCACUAUGCCAAAGAGGAUGUGGCUACCCGCAGAGAUGCUCUACUCAGCCGCCGCAACGCUCUGCAUGAACGUGCUCAAUCUCGUCGCACCGCUUUGGAGGACUCAUUCCACCUGCAGCAGUUCUUCAGGGACUCUGAUGAGCUCAAGAGUUGGAUCAACGAGAAAAUGAAGACUGCCACUGAUGAAUCUUACAAGGACCCAUCCAAUCUGCAAGGUAAGGUGCAGAAGCAUCAAGCCUUUGAGGCUGAGCUGUCAGCCAACCAGAGCCGCAUCGAUGCGCUUCAGAAAUCGGGCCAAGAGCUGCUGGAUGGCAAACAUUACGCAUCCGCUGAGAUGGCUGGCCGCAUGGAGGAGGUCAGCUCCCAAUGGAAGAAACUGCUGGAAGCCACUGAGCUCAAAGGCAUUAAACUCCGCGAGGCCAACCAGCAGCAACAAUUCAACAGGAAUGUGGAGGACAUUGAGCUUUGGCUGUAUGAAGUUGAGGGCCACUUGGCUUCAGAUGACUAUGGAAAAGAUCUGACUGGUGUCCAGAACCUGCAGAAGAAACAUGCCCUGCUGGAAGCUGAUGUGGCUGCUCACCAGGACCGGAUCGAUGGCAUAACAAUUCAGGCACGCCAGUUCCAGGAAGCCGGGCACUUUGAUGCCGACAACAUCCGUAAGAAACAGGAGGCUUUGGUGGUUCGCUAUGAAGGUCUGCGUGGGCCCAUGGCAGCACGCAAGCAGAAACUGUCCGACUCACUCAGGCUUCAGCAGCUUUUCAGAGAUGUGGAAGAUGAGGAAACUUGGAUUCGUGAAAAAGAGCCUAUUGCUGCUUCAACCAACAGAGGCAAAGAUCUGAUUGGUGUUCAGAACUUGCUCAAGAAACAUCAGGCUUUACAGGGUGAGAUUGCAGGUCAUGAGCCCCGCAUUAAGGCCGUCACCCAGAAAGGAGAUGGAAUGGUCGAAGAAGGUCACUUCGCAGGUGAGGAUGUGAAAGCUAAGCUGGCUGAGCUACAUGGACGCUGGGAGACGUUGAAAGCUAAGGCUGCUCAAAGAAGACAGGAUCUGGAAGACUCUUUGCAGGCCCAGCAGUAUUUUGCUGAUGCAAAUGAGGCAGAGUCUUGGAUGAGGGAAAAGGAGCCAAUCGUUGGUAGCAUAGACUAUGGAAAAGACGAGGACUCAGCUGAGGCUCUGCUGAAGAAGCAUGAAGCUUUAAUGUCUGACUUGAGUGCUUAUGGCAGCAGCAUACAGUCCCUGAAGGAGCAGGCCCAGUCAUGCAGGCAACAAGUUGCACCAACUGAUGAUGAGACAGGGAAGGAACUGGUACUAGCUCUCUAUGACUACCAGGAGAAGAGCCCCCGUGAAGUCACCAUGAAGAAGGGGGACAUCCUCACACUGCUCAAUAGCACCAACAAGGACUGGUGGAAGGUGGAGGUGAAUGAUCGCCAAGGCUUUGUUCCUGCUGCCUAUGUGAAGAAACUGGAUCCCACCCAGUCCUCUUCUCGGGAGAACCUGCUGGAGGAACAUGGCAGCAUUGCAAUGCGCCAAGAUCAGAUUGAGAAUCAGCUUGUCACCAAGGAGGCCUGCAGCGUGUCUGUGCGCAUGAAACAGGUGGAGGAACUGUAUGGUACACUGUUAGAACUCGGAGAGAAACGUAAAGACAUGCUAGAGAAGAGCUGCAAGAAGUUCAUGUUGUUCCGCGAGGCCAAUGAGCUCCAGCAAUGGAUUAAUGAGAAGGAGAACGCCUUGACUAAUGAGGAGGUUGGCUCGGAUCUGGAGCAGGUCGAGGUUUUGCAGAAGAAAUUCGACGACUUCCAAAAAGACCUGAAGGCCAAUGAAUCUCGUCUGAGGGACAUAAACAAAGUGGCAUCAGAACUGGAGUCUGAAGGCCUCAUGGCUGAGGAGGCCCCCAUGGUUCAAACCCAACAACAGGAAUUACUUGGAUCUGCUCCUGGCAAGGAUGAAGCUGAUUCCAAGACUGCGUCGCCAUGGAAAACUGUACGCUUGGGUGUUCAAACAACGGCUAACUUUAACAGUAUCAAGGAACUAAACAAUCGUUGGAGAUCCUUGCAGCAGCUAGCUGAAGACAGGAGCAACAUGCUAGGCAGUGCCCAUGAGGUGCAGCGAUUUCACAGGGAUGCGGAUGAAACAAAGGAAUGGAUUGAGGAAAAGAACCAGGCCCUCAACACUGACAACUAUGGCCAUGACUUGGCCAGUGUCCAGGCUCUGCAGCGCAAACAUGAAGGCUUUGAGAGGGACUUGGCUGCGCUGGGGGAUAAGGUUAAUUCUCUUGGAGAGACCGCAGAGCGUCUGAUCCAAUCUCACCCCGAGGCAGUAGAUGACAUCCAAGAAAAAUGCACUGAGCUGAACACUGCCUGGAGCAGCUUAGUGGGACGUGCCGACCAGCGCAAAGACAAGCUGGGAAAGUCUCACGACCUGCAGCGAUUCCUGUCUGACUUCAGGGAUCUAAUGUCCUGGAUUAAUGGCAUUCGAGGACUGGUGUCCUCCGAGGAGCUGGCUAAAGAUGUAACUGGAGCGGAAGCCCUUUUAGAAAGACACCAGGAACACCGCACCGAAAUCGAUGCUCGUGCCGGUACCUUCCAGGCCUUUGAACAGUUUGGCCAGCAGCUGCUGGCUCAAGGCCACUAUGCUUCUCCAGAGAUUCAGCAGAAAGUGCAGGCUCUGGACCAAGAGCGGGCCGAUUUAGAGCAGGCCUGGGUUCAGCGCCGCAUGAUGUUGGAUCAGUGCCUUGAGCUCCAGCUUUUUAAUAGGGACUGCGAACAGGCCGAAAACUGGAUGGCAGCUCGGGAGGCUUUCCUGGCCAGCGAUGACAAGGGGGACUCCCUGGACAGCGUGGAGGCCCUCAUCAAGAAACACGAGGACUUUGACAAGGCCAUUAAUGUGCAGGAGGAGAAGAUUGCUGCUCUGCAGUCCUUUGCUGAUCAGCUAAUUGGAGCUGACCACUACGCCAAACCUGAGAUUUUUAACCGCCGCAAUGAAGUUCUUGACCGGUGGCGACGACUUAAGGCCCAGAUGAUUGAGAAGCGUUCAAAACUGGGUGAAUCCCAGACCUUGCAGCAGUUUAGCCGGGAUGUGGAUGAGAUUGAGGCGUGGAUCAGUGAAAAACUGCAGACUGCAACAGAUGAGUCGUACAAAGAUCCCACCAACAUCCAGCUGUCGAAGCUGCUGAGCAAGCAUCAGAAACAUCAAGCAUUUGAAGCUGAGUUGCAUGCCAACGCAGACAGGAUUCGUGGAGUGAUCGACACCGGCAACGCCCUGAUCCAGAGAGGAGCUUGUGCUGGCAGCGAAGAUGCUGUCAAGGCUCGGCUCAGUGCUCUGGAUGAACAGUGGCAGUUCCUCGUCAACAAGUCGGCUGAAAAAAGCCAGAAACUGAAGGAAGCGAACAAGCAGCAGAACUUCAACACUGGAAUCAAAGACUUUGACUUCUGGCUCUCUGAGGUGGAAGCCCUUCUUGCCUCUGAGGAUUACGGCAAAGAUCUGGCCUCAGUCAACAACCUGCUCAAGAAGCACCAGCUGCUUGAGGCUGAUAUUUCUGCCCACGAGGAUCGUCUGAAGGAUCUGAACGGCCAAGCCGACAGCCUGAUGGGCAGCAACGCCUUUGACACCUCACUAGUUAAGGACAAACGCGACACAGUCAACACCCGCUUCGCUAAGAUCAAGAGCAUGGCGGCGGGUCGUCGGACCAAACUUAACGAGUCCCACCGCCUGCACCAGUUCUUUAGGGACCUGGAUGAUGAAGAGUCUUGGAUUAAAGAGAAAAAGCUGCUUGUGGGUUCUGAAGACUACGGGCGCGACCUGACUGGAGUGCAGAAUCUGAGGAAGAAACAUAAGAGACUGGAGGCUGAGCUGGGAGCCCAUGAGCCAGCCAUACAGUCGGUGCUGGACACGGGGAAGAAGCUGUCUGAUGAUAACACCAUCGGCCAAGAAGAGAUCCAGCAGAGGCUUGCUCAAUUUAUUGAUCACUGGAAGGAACUGAAGGACUUAUCUGGAGCACGGGGAAAGAGGUUGGACGAAUCUCUGGAAUACCAACAGUUUGUGGCCAACGUGGAAGAAGAAGAAGCGUGGAUUAACGAGAAGUUGAAUCUUGUCGGUAGCGAAGACUAUGGUGAUACGCUGGCUGCUGUGCAGGGAUUGCUGAAAAAACAUGAAGCAUUUGAAACUGACUUCACUGUACACCGGGACAGAGUCAAUGAUGUGUGUGCUAAUGGAGACGACUUGAUCAAGAAGAACAAUCACCAUGUUGACAACAUCACUGCUAAAAUGUCCGCUCUGCGGGGAAAAGUGUCGGAGCUGGAAAGGGCGGCCGCUCAAAGGAAGGCCAAGCUGGAUGAAAACUCUGCCUUUUUGCAGUUCAACUGGAAGGCUGACGUGGUGGAGUCUUGGAUUGGUGAGAAAGAAAACAGUCUCAAGACCGAUGACUAUGGCCGUGACUUGUCUUCUGUGCAAACUCUGCUCACCAAACAGGAAACAUUUGACGCCGGUCUCCAGGCCUUCCAGCAGGAGGGAAUCACCAACAUUACAGCUCUGAAGGACCAGCUGCUCGCUGCUCAGCACAUCCAGUCAAAAGCCAUCGAGGAUCGCCACGCGUCUCUGAUGAAACGCUGGAACCAGCUCCUGUCCAACUCUACUGCUCGCAAGAAGAAACUUCUUGAAGCCCAGGAACACUUCAGAAAGGUUGAAGACUUGUUCCUGACCUUUGCCAAGAAGGCGUCUGCAUUCAACAGCUGGUUUGAGAACGCAGAGGAGGACCUCACCGAUCCCGUGAGGUGCAACUCUCUGGAAGAGAUCCGGGCCCUGCGCGAAGCCCACGAGGCGUUCCGCUCCUCACUGACCUCAGCCCAGACCGACUUCAACCAGCUGGCAGAGCUGGACCAGCAGAUCAAGAGCUACCAGGUGGUGUCUAAUCCCUACACCUGGUUCACCAUGGAGGCCCUGGAGGAGACGUGGAGGAACCUGCAGAAGAUCAUUAAGGAACGGGAGCUGGAACUGCAGAAGGAGCAGAGGAGGCAGGAGGAAAACGACAAAUUGCGCCAAGAGUUUGCACAGCACGCAAAUGCUUUCCACCAGUGGCUACAGGAGACCAGGACAUAUCUUCUGGACGGAUCGUGCAUGGUGGAAGAGUCUGGUACCCUGGAGUCCCAGCUGGAGGCUACCAAGCGGAAGCACCAGGAGAUCCGGGCCAUGCGCAGCCAGCUGAAGAAGAUUGAGGACUUGGGCGCAGCGAUGGAGGAAGCCCUGAUUCUGGAUAACAAGUACACGGAGCACAGCACGGUGGGCCUGGCCCAGCAGUGGGACCAACUGGACCAACUGGGAAUGAGAAUGCAGCACAACCUCGAGCAACAGAUCCAGGCCAGGAACACCACUGGUGUGACGGAGGAGGCUCUUAAGGAGUUUAGCAUGAUGUUCAAACACUUCGACAAGGAGAAGUCUGGCCGUCUGAACCACCAGGAGUUCAAGUCAUGUCUUCGCUCGCUGGGCUACGAUUUGCCCAUGGUGGAGGAAGGAGAGCCCGACCCGGAGUUUGAGGCCAUACUUGACACCGUGGAUCCAAACAGGGAUGGAAACGUGUCACUACAGGAGUACAUGGCAUUCAUGAUCAGCCGGGAGACAGAGAACGUUAAAUCCAGUGAGGAGAUUGAAAGCGCUUUCCGAGCUCUCAGCUCUGAAAACAAGCCCUACGUCACUAAAGAAGAGCUCUACCAGAACCUUUCCAAGGAACAGGCGGACUACUGCCUCUCGCAUAUGAAGCCUUACCUGGACAGCAAAGGACGCGAGCUUCCAUCCGCUUUCGACUUUGUUGAAUUCACCCGCUCGCUGUUCGUCAACUGA